AUGUAUGCUCCCUUCAGGACAGAUUACAUGUCACGUCUGCCACUGAUGUAUGCUCUCUCCUGGACAGAUCACAUGUCACGUGUGCCACUGAUGUAUGCUCCCUUCAGGACAGAGCACUUGUCACUAGUGCCAGUGAUGUAUGCUCCCUUCAGGACAGAUUACAUGUCACGUCUGCCACUGAUGUAUGCUCUCUCCUGGACAGAUCACUUUUCACGUGUGCCACUGAUGUAUGCUCCCUUCAGGACAGAUUACAUGUCACGUGUGCCACUGGUGUAUGCUCUCUCCUGGAUAGAUCACAUAUCACGUGUGCCAGUGAUGUAUGCUCCAUUCAGGACAGAUAUUAUGUCACGUCUGCCACUGAUGUAUGCUCCCUUCAGGGCAGAUCACAUGGAUAGAUCACAUGUCACGUGUGUCACUGAUGAAUGCCCCCUUCUGGAAAGAUUACAUGUCACGUAUGCCACUAAUGUAUGCUCCCUUCAGGACAUAUUACAUGUCAAGUGUGCCACUGAUGUAGGCUCUCUUCUGGACAGAUCACAUGUCGGAUCACAUGUCACGUGUGACACUGAUGUAUACUUUCUCCAGGACAUUUCACAUGUCACGAGUGCCACUGAUGUAUGCUCUCUCCUGGACAGAUCACAUGUUACGUGUGCGACUGAAGUAUGCUUCUUCCUGGACAGAUCACUUGUCACGAGUGCCACUGAUGUAUGCUCUCUCCUGGACAGAUCACAUGUCACGUGUGCCACUGAUGUAUGCUCUCUCCUGGACAGAUCACAUGUCACGAGUGCCCCUGAUGUAUGCUCUCCCUUGGACAGAUCACAUGUCACGAGUGCCACUAUGUAUGCUUCUUCCUGGACAGAUCACAUGUCACGAGUGCCACUGAUGUAUGCUCUCUCCUGGACAGAGCACAUGUCACGUGUGCCACUGAUGUAUGCUUCUUCCUGGACAGAUCACAUAUCACGUGUGCCACUGAUGUAUGCUCUCCUCUGGACUGUUCAAAUGUCAGUUGUGCCACUGAUGAAUGUUCUCUACUGGACAGACCACAUGCCGCAUGUGCCACUGAUGUAUGCUCUCUUUUUGACAGAUCACAUGUCACGUGUGCCAAUGAUGUAUGCUCUCUUCUUUACGGAUAACAGGUCACGUGUGCCACUGAUAUCAUAUGUCAACCAUGCCACUGAUGUAUGCUCUCUCAUGGACAAAUCGCAUGUCACGUGUGCCACAGAUAUAAGCCUUCUCCUGGACAGAUCACAUGUCACGUGUGCCACUGAUGUAUGCUCUCUACUGGACUUAUCACAUGUCACGGGUGCCACUGAUGUAUAG